AUGGCCACCACCAACGGGGCCGUGGAGAACGGGCAGCCGGACAGGAAGUCACCCGCCCUGCCGCGCCCCGUCCGCAACCUGGAGGUCAAGUUCACCAAGAUAUUCAUCAACAAUGAAUGGAACGAAUCCAAGAGUGGAAAAAAGUUUGCCACAUAUAACCCUUCAACUCUAGAGAAAAUAUGUGAAGUGGAAGAAGGAGAUAAGCUCGACGUAGACAAGGCCGUGGAGGCUGCACAAGCCGCCUUCCAGAGAGGCUCGCCGUGGCGCCGGCUGGAUGCCCUGAGCCGCGGCCGGCUGCUGCACCAACUGGCAGAUCUCGUGGAGAGGGACCGCGCUGUCCUGGCCACCCUGGAAACGAUGGACACAGGGAAGCCGUUCCUUCACGCCUUUUUCAUCGACCUGGAAGGCUGUAUCAAAACCCUUCGAUACUUUGCAGGGUGGGCAGACAAAAUACAGGGCAGGACCAUCCCCACAGAUGACAACGUUGUGUGUUUCACCAGGCACGAGCCCAUAGGUGUGUGUGGGGCCAUCACUCCUUGGAACUUCCCUCUGCUGAUGCUGGUGUGGAAGCUGGCACCUGCUCUCUGCUGUGGGAACACCGUGGUCGUGAAGCCAGCAGAGCAGACUCCCCUCACCGCCCUCUAUCUCGGCUCUUUGAUCAAAGAGGUGGGAUUCCCUCCGGGCGUGGUGAACGUCGUGCCAGGAUUUGGGCCCACGGUGGGAGCAGCAAUUUCUUCUCACCCUCAGAUCAACAAGAUAGCCUUCACUGGGUCCACAGAGGUUGGAAAGCUGGUUAAAGAAGCUGCCUCCCAUAGCAACCUGAAGAGGGUGACACUGGAGCUUGGUGGGAAAAACCCCUGCAUCGUGUGUGCUGAUGCCGACCUGGACUUGGCAGUGGAGUGCGCCCAUCAGGGAGUGUUCUUCAACCAAGGCCAGUGCUGCACGGCCGCCUCCAGGGUGUUCGUAGAGGAGCAGGUCUAUGACGAGUUUGUCAGGCGGAGCGUGGAGUUCGCCAAGAAACGGCCCAUUGGAGACCCCUUCGACGUCAGGACCGAACAGGGGCCCCAGAUUGACCAGAAGCAGUUCAACAAAAUCCUCGAUCUGAUUGAGAGUGGAAAGAAGGAGGGAGCCAAGCUGGAAUAUGGGGGCUCGGCCAUGGAAGACAGGGGGCUCUUCAUCAAACCCACUGUCUUCUCAGAAGUUACCGACACCAUGCGGAUCGCCAAAGAGGAGAUUUUUGGACCAGUGCAGCCAAUACUGAAGUUCAAAAAUAUCGAAGAAGUGAUAAAAAGAGCAAAUAGCCUUGAAUACGGACUAACAGCAGCUGUGUUCACAAAAAACCUUGACAAAGCACUGAAGCUGGCUUCCGCAUUAGAGUCUGGAACUGUCUGGAUCAACUGCUACAAUGCCAUCUAUGCACAGGCUCCAUUUGGUGGCUUUAAAAUGUCGGGGAACGGCAGAGAACUAGGUGAAUAUGCGCUGGCUGAAUACACAGAAGUGAAAACUGUCACCAUCAAACUCGACGACAAGGACCCCUGA